AUGACCGAGGCCACCGAGCCAGGGUCGCCGAGCGUGCCACAAUGUCCCGAUCGAGCAGCCCAGAUCGAGAUCUCCACCUACCUGGGCACGCCGAAGCCCUCAGAUCCAACCCACUUUGGACGUGCACGAGCUUCGGUCCCUCAGCACCGAGGUGGCACAGAGGCGUACGCAGUGGGCACCGAGCUGGAAUCACGCCGAGGUAUUCGAAUGUCUCAGCGCAGUAUCUCGCAGCAUUGUGCCUCUGGUUAUGCUUAG